CCCCGGCCGGUGCAGAUGGCGGGAGCUGGGCGCCGGGCGGCGGGCCCGGCGGGGACAGCGGGCCCUGGGGGCCCUGUGGGCCCGGGGCGGCGGCAGCAGCAGCAGCUGCAGGGGAAGCAGCGCUCGGCGCCGUGGUGCAGGCCGCGCAGCAAAGAAAAGAAGAAAGUGAAUUGCAAGCCCAAGAACCAGGAUGAGCAGGAAAUCCCGUUCCGGCUCCAGGAGAUUAUGAGGAGCCGCCAGGAAAUGAAAAACCCAGUCAGUAACAAGAAGAGGAAGAAAGAAGCCCAAGCGACCUUCAGAAAGACGCUGGAGAAGGAAGCAAGGGGAGUGGAUCCAGACAUCGCCGUGCCCAAGUUCAAGCAGAGGAAGUGGGAGUCCGAUGGGGCCUAUGUCCAGCGCAUGGAGCAGGAGGCCCAGCAUGUGCUGUUCCUCAGCAAGAACCAGGCCGACCAGCAGCCUGAGGUGCAGGCGGCUCCCAAGAAGAAGUCGGAGCGGAAGAAAGCGUUCCAGAAGCGGCGACUGGAUAAAGUCCGGCAGAAGAGACAGGAAAAGGCAGUGAAGAGGCUAGAGCAGGAGCUGCUCCAAGACACGGUGAAGUUUGGAGAGGUCGCCCUGCAGCCCCCCGAGCUGACCGCUAAGCCCAGGAAGAGCAUGAGUGUGGGCCCGCCCGGCAAGAAAUCACUGAUGCUGGGGAUGCUUCUGAGCCCUGGCGGUGUGUCCCAGCCUCCAUCCACCUCGAUGGCCCGACAGAGGAUCGUGGCGGAGGAGAGAGAGCGGGCUGUGCAGGCCUACAGGGCGAUAAAGAAGCUGCAGCAGCGGCAGCAGGGGGCCCAGUCGGCCCACCUCCCUGCCAGGAAGAAGCCACAGACAUGUUGAUGAUGGCGAGACCAGGACUGCUGCAAUGGGUGGGGGUGAGCGAGCAGGGGAGCCCAGAGAUCAGUCCUUUCUCUGGACACACCCCAGGACAUGGAGCCUGUCGCACCUACUCCCAAAUUCAGGGAAGGGCUCCGGUCUUUGCUCUCAUCUUUCCUCCCUAAAGACUAUGCUUUCGUGAUUGACCACUUGCCAGGUCCAUGUCCCACAUGGGACAUCAUCUGUGCCUACUCCCAUAGAUGUGGCCAGCGCCUGGUCACACCCGGUGCCAUUCCCAUGAGCCUAGCAUCACCCUCAGAUCCAGGGUGAGACAACUGUGGACCAAUCCCAUAAUCCCGUCUUUGAAUGCUAAUUAAUCAUAGACACUGCUGACUUAGGUCCACCAAGUCCAUCACAGGCUCCCAUUCAACAGAGCAGCACAGCUGGACACAGGCAGGCAGCGGCCAGUGCAGGAGAGGAAAGAGAUUCUGGGAUGAAGUGGUCAGCAUCCAGACCAUCUCAGAGUGCCACUGCUGAGUCCCCGGGGCAGGUGGAGUCCACCCAGGCUUCGGUUCUGACAUGGAGACGUCGAGAGGGCAUGCGUACCAAGAAGGUUUCACAAGGAAGCCAUCUUUGGAGAAAGAGCCGCCUUAGCAGUUGGCAUAGUCACCUACAGGGCAUAUAAAGUCAGCAGGGGCACCCAUCACUGAGGACUCAAGUGAUUUAACAUAGUGUGUUGUAAGUUUCAGGGGUUGGUGUUUUUGGAGGUUCAUUUUUAGCUGAGUUACCCCAUACUUGGCCAGUGAAGAUCUUUCUUGCCUGGCCAGUGUGGUUGGAGCAUUAUCCUGUGCCCUGUAGGGUUGCGGUUUGAUUCCUGCUCAGGGCACAUGCUCAGGUUGCAGGUUCGAU